AGACUACAGACUGCUUGAAAACAGUCUGCCUGCAGUGAGUAUGUCUUCAAAUUAUCGGCAACCGGAUGCCUGUGGAGAUUUAUGUCUAGAUCUGGACAUUUCAAAACUGGUUUGAUUGGGUUUCCGCCAAACAACUGCAGAAUCAAGAAUUAUCUGUGAGACAGAACAGCUUUCUGGAACAUGGGAGUGAAUGCAAAUCAGCUACUCUUCUUGUCUAGCCUACUUUUUGGGACUGGCUGUUGCAAUGGUGGCAAAAUCUUAGUAUUUCCUGAAGAUGGCAGCCACUGGGUGAAUAUGCAGGUCAUACUCAAGGAGUUGCACAGCCAUGGUCACAGUCUGACAGUGGUACGAUCUUCCACAAGCUGGUAUAUUCAGGAUAAUUCUCCUCUCUAUACAUUCAUUAAUGUUAACCUCACUAACACAGAAGAUGGUAUCCCAGAGUUAACUGAGAGCUUUUUAAUGCAGUCACUAGCUUUACGUCAAAAGACACCAAUCCUGCGCUUUUUUGAACAGCAGAAAUAUCUGAUGACCUUGCUGAAGAUAUUCCAUGGUGGAGCCCUUCAUAUUAUAUCUACCAUGUUGGAUGACACAGCACUGAUAAGAAAACUACAGGAUGCAAAAUUUGAUCUAAUGCUCACUGACCCUGCUUUCCCUGCUGGGGUUCUCCUGGCUCACUAUCUCCAUUUACCCACAGUGUAUAAUGUACGCUGGCUCAAUGCAGGAGAUGCACAUAUGAUCGUUGCUCCAUCGACACCAUCUUAUGUUCCUAUGUUCAACUCAUUGUUCAGUGACAGAAUGGAUUUCCUGCAGAGGACCGAGAACUUCCUUCGAUAUAUAGUCAUCCUCCUCCAGGAGCAAUUGGUUAUCCUGCCCAUUUAUGAUGAAUUGCUCAAGAGGCACUUUCCACCAGGAUCAGAUCUUCUUACCAUGCAGCGUUCAGCAGAUAUUUGGUUGAUGCGGGUUGACUUUAUUUUUGAGUUCCCACGCCCUAGCAUGCCUAAUGUAGUCUACAUAGGUGGCUUCCAAUGUCGCCCAGCUGAACCCAUUCUUACAGAGCUAGAGGAGUUUAUGCAGAGUUCUGGGGAGCAUGGUGUGGUGGUCAUGUCUCUGGGAGUCAUGGUCACUGCCCUUCCAAAACAAAUGACAGAAGCCAUUGCAGCUGCCUUUGCUAAGCUUCCUCAAAAAGUCAUAUGGAGGUAUGUGGGUGAGCGACCUUCAUCUCUGGGUAACAACACUUUGCUUCUUGAAUGGCUUCCUCAAAAUAACCUCCUGGGGCACCCAAAGACGUGUGCAUUUGUGUCUCAUGGUGGCACCAAUGGUAUCUAUGAGGCGAUCUACCAUGGGAUUCCUGUGUUGCUUCUGCCACUUCUCUUUGAUCAGUUUGACAAUGCAAUUCGACUGGAAACCCGAGGUGCAGCCCGUGUGCUUGAGGUCAGUACAAUGACUUCUGAAGAAUUCCUUGAAGCCAUCAAGGAUGUCAUUCAGAAUCCAUCUUACAGGAGCAACAUGCAGAAAUUGUCAGAGCUUCACCGUGAUCAGCCCCUUCCUCCUCUAGACAGUGCCACUUUCUGGAUUGAGUAUGUCAUCAGGCACAAAGGAGCUCAACACCUGUACUCAGAGGGAAACAAACUUCCAUGGUACUCAUACCACAGUCUAGAUGUGGUAGGUUUUCUGUUCAUCAUCAUUUUAGCUGUACUCUGGGCCUCGGUAUCGCUUGUUAAAUUACUUUAUUGUAUGUCAGACAGGAAGCAAAAGGUUGAGUGAACUGAACUGCUGAAACAUAUAUCGACAUGAAUUAUACGUGUUUUUAGGUGGUGGUUGUUGUUAUUUUGUUUUGUUUUGUUAAGCACUUUAGGAUGUGAUUUAACUGUGAAAAUAUAAUUGUCAAAAUAAAUUGUUUAACAUCUAAGUUCAAUACACAUUAUGUUUGCCAUAUAAUCUUCAUUAAAGCUUUAGCAAGUUUUAUUUUAUACAAUAAAUCAAUUUCCUAAUUAGUCAAAAGUAAAUUCACUUCUCGUGUUGUUUGUACUGAUUAUGAUGGACAUGACUUGGAAUAAAAAUACUUUUUAAGGUCAUCAUAUCUAAUCAGUAUGCAUCAUUUAUGUACAAGGCAAGAAACAAACAGUAUAACUUUUUUGAAUUGAAAUCAAAAUGCAGAAUCAAGUACAGAUAUUGAUCAUAAGACAAAAUGUGAAAUUGUUCCUAAAGUAAGAUCAUAUAAAGAAUAUUCCUUUCAUCACACAUGAAUAUAUUGUCAGUCUUCAUAUCGAUGAAAACAAAACUAACUUUCUUUUGGAGUGGCUUUGGUUGUAUGUACAUGUGGUUAUUUUUCUUCUGGCAGUUGCUGUGGUCAUAACAAACUUAAUGAUGGUGGUAUAUGUUUAUAUGAACAUCAUCUUAAAGAAAGUAUCAUCUCAUCUCAUUAUCUCUAGCCGCUUUAUCCUUCUACAGGGUCGCAGGCAAGCUGGAGCCUAUCCCAGCUGACUACGGGCGAAAGGCGGGGUACACCCUGGACAAGUCGCCAGGUCAUCACAGGGCUGACACAUAGACACAGACAACCAUUCACACUCACACCUACGGUCAAUUUAGAGUCACCAGUUAACCUAACCUGCAUGUCUUUGGACUGUGGGGGGAAACCGGAGCACCCGGAGGAAACCCACGCAGACACGGGGAGAACAUGCAAACUCCGCACAGAAAGGCCCUCGCCGGCCCCGGGGCUCGAACCCAGGACCUUCUUGCUGUGAGGCGACAGCGCUAACCACUACACCACCGUGCUGCCAGAAAGUAUCAUAUGAAAUUGAAUAGAAAUUUGUCUUUGUUUUCAUAAGCAGAUGGUUAACUGUCAUUGAAUAAGAUAGCCAUACAUUUAGACAGAAAGUAUAUAAAGAUUAUAUGUAAAAGUAUUUAUUUAAAGUAAAUAUUUAAGUAUUUAAAUAAA